GUGUAAACGGAAGAACAAUUUCCACGUUUGGGUUUUAAUUUAUCUAGCCGUUUAUUAACACCCUAGAUAUCAAAAUGAAUCUUAACUGCACAUAAUCACAUACUUACAUCAGGUAGUAUUUCAUUCUCGUUGUAGACAGGACUUGGUUGAUAUUUUAUAGUUAACGCUAACAAUGGCUAACUGUAUGUUUUUUCACACUCAAAUAGCCUCCAUCAUGGAGAUGCUAGCAAAUGCAGCCGUGGCAGAGAUCUGUAAACUCGUAGACGACGACUAUGCAGUGUUUCGUUUGGAAAUAACUAAAAGCCAAAAAGAAAACAGAGCAAUGCGGAGGAAACUACAGCUACUAGAACUGAAGGUGGCACGGGAGCGCUCCGAGAGGACAACGCGAAAGCGCGUCCUCGACAGUCGUCCCAGUAGUGUCAAGAUCCUCGACCGAUACAGAGGAAUGGCAAGAGAUGGAGGACAUCUCACUGGAGGCCACAGGAGCUUUGUGAAGCCAGCAGAACAUGUCUCGUGGAGAGAUGACCAACCCAUAGCUGUAGAUGAGAGGAGUGGAACCUCAACCCAGCAUGUUAUUGUGAUAGAGUCUGCAGAUGCAAAGGCUGCAGGUUAUGGAGGAUCGUCUCUGGUCAAGCAGGAGAGGACUGAAGGAGAGGAGGACCCACGACACAGCAGAGACAUCCAUACUGGAGAAGAGGCUGUAGCCACAAAGAUAAUUGCCACCUCACCCCAGCCCAGGACCCGAUGCAGCAUCACGGAGUUCAGUGGAAAACCAAACGCCGUCCUCAAGUCAGAGACAGACACAGAGACUUUAACUGUAACACACAGGCUUUUACACACAGGAUCUGACCACAGAUUAGACACAGAGAGACCACUGGGCUGUCCUCCUGCUCCCGGCUCAGAGUAUUUACUUUAUGGUAAUCCAAACCCAAGGACUGUCCAUUCCCAUCGGGACGCAGGUGACGUGUUAGAGACUGGCAAUGAUCCGUCUUGUUCUUACACUAUAGAGAUGGACCCUGGCAACAUGCCAUUGGGUUUAGAGACACAGACCGAUCUGUCUAGAGGGGACUGGAACCAGUACAGUAGUAGUGUGUACUCUGAAGGGUGCCUAGAUAAGAAAGGGGAGGUUAUAGUCGUAGAUGAGAUGACUGUGAAAGUGGAGGGUGAUGCUCCUCUGACAUGGAAUGUAGACGAGACUCACUUAGGAGAAGGACACUCACAAGGCAGAGAUUUAUUAGAUUACAGGGAAAAUUUAGAGACAAAUCCAUAUGUUUCGACCCACUCCCCUUUACACAAGCUCAGGCGUCGCGACCCAGUGUCCAUGUCGAUGGGGCCUUCCGAUCAGGUAUUGAACUCAAACGACAGGGCGAGAGCCGAGACUCAGGGAGGGGGAGCCAGAUCAGGCAAUAGUAAAGAUAAACCUUUCCUCUGCAAGCUCUGUAACAAAAGUUUCAGCUGCCUCCAGAAGGUGGAGAUCCACCAGAGGGUCCACACAGGGGUGAAACCCUUUAGCUGUACCCAGUGUCACAUGUGCUUCGCCCAGGCUGGUGACCUGAAGAGGCAUCACAGGGUCCACACAGGGGAGAAACCGUUCAGCUGCCACCUGUGCCGGGCCAGUUUCUCACACUCGUCGAACCUGAAGAGGCACCUGAAGGUCCACACAGGAGAGAGGCCCUUUGCCUGUACGCACUGCGGGAAGAGGUUCUCAGAGAGGAGAUACCUCAGGAUACACCAGCAGAAAAAACAUUCCACUGUAUAGCAUAGAAAGUAACCAUUCCACUUGAUAGCUUCUGAUGUUUAGAUCAAACCCUGCAUUAAAGACAAUAUUCAUUUUCAUUGUUGUCAGCAGAAAAGAUCCACAGAUUCAUGUGGAAUAACGAGAGUAAAUGAUUUCAGAUUGUUUAAUAUUCCUGUGUAGAAUAUUGCAUCCAGACAUUGUGUGAUAUAUAUUGUGUUUGUACUGUGUAGGCUAUUUGAUGUUCACAAAUGCCUGUUUCAUUACUUCCAUUCAACUACUUAAUUAUAUUCAAGACUUUUGAUGAGAAAAUUAAUGCAGUUUAUCAAGUUCAUGCAGAUGUUUUGCUGAGACGUGUAUGUGUGGUUUUCAUAUGGUGUUUUUGAAACGUGUUUUAUUUAGUUAACACAAAAUGGGACUUCAUUCUGACCUUCUGACUUUCUUCAUUCUGACUUUCAUUGAAUCUCUUUUUAGUAUACAUCACAUUUGAUCUCACCCUUUUCUGCAUACACCAGACAGCGCUUUAUAACCAAUACAGGGACAGAAAGUAGCCUAUGAAUGGGAGGCUAGGAGCCAUUCACAGUGCCUUCAGAAAGUAAUCACACCCCUUGACUUUUUCCACAUUUUGUUCUGUUACUGCCUGAAUUUAAAAUAUAUUUUUUUGUCACUGGCCUACACACAAUACCCCAUAAUGUCAAAGAGGAUUUAUAUUUUUGUGUAAAUGUAAUAAAUGAAUGUAAUAAAAAAUGUAAUGUCUUGAGUCAAUAAUAUUCAACCCCUUUGUAACGGCAAGCCUACAUAAGUUCAGGAGUAAAAAUGUGCAUACUAAGUCACAUAAUGGGUUGCAUGGACUCACUCUGUGUGCAAUAGUCGUCUUUAACAUUAUUUUUUAAUGACUACCUCAUCUCUGUAUCACACACAUACAGAUAAUAUGGUCCCUCAGUCGAGCAGUGAAUUUUCAACCAGAUAAACCAGGGAAGGUGCAUAUUGGUAGAUAACAAAAAAAAAAGGAUAAAUAAAAAA